AUGCCCCCGAAAACUGCUGCAGACAAGAAGAAGGCCGAGCAAGACUUUCUGCAAAAUUUGGUUGUGGAUCUCCUGCGCGAUGAAGAAAACAAAUACUGUGCGGAUUGUCAGGCCAAACAGCCGCGUUGGGCGUCGUGGAACCUCGGAGUUUUUAUAUGCAUCAAAUGUGCGGCCGUCCAUAGGAAUCUUGGAGUUCACAUCACUAGGGUUAAAUCGAUAACUUUGGAUACAUGGACCCCGGAACAAGUGCAGCACAUGCGGAUGAUAGGCAAUGCUUUGGCUAAAGAAGCGUACGAGUAUGAACUUUCCGACAAUUUCCGGCGCCCCACGACAGACCAGGCCCUUGAACAGUUCAUCCGCGCUAAAUAUGAACACAAGAGGUAUAUGCGAAAAGACUGGAGGCCCCCAACCAUUGAUAUUAGUCUACUCCCGAAAUAUGGUGACAAGCCAGAACGCCGAUUCCCAAAAAUAGACAUCACAAGCCGACCAAUCCAACAAUCCAAUCAAGACGAGAGUCGUGUUCGACAAGUCAACAAACCAGUGAAUGCGGCGACAACAUCCGUGAGCUUGUUGGACUUCUCGGAUCCGGUGCCAGCAAGCACGAAUGCUCCUGUGGCAGCUGCGGCAGCGCCACAAACUAUUAGCAAUGAUCUGGAUGAUCUGUUUGGCCCAAUUGUAUCUGCUGCUCCGACUUCUAAUGUUCAAGCUGCUGCUCCGGUCACGCAGAACGCGCCGGCUGCUGCUCCACCAUCACAGAACAACGACUUUGCUGGUCUUUCCUCCGACCUGGCAGGCUUGAGCUUCAGCAGCCAACCAGCCCAAAAGAGCAACAGCGACAUCAUGGCCCUAUUUGCUACUGCGCCACAGAAGCAACUGACCACCCAGUCCUCAACCAACCUCGCUCAGCACAACCAAUUUGAUGCUUUUGGAGGAAUGCAAAGCACCAACUGGAUGCCGUCUUUUGGCAAUCAGCCAAUGGCCCAUAGUGUUGCCGGGACUCCGAGCAGUGUGGGUGGGCAGACUGCAGGUUUCCCAGGAGCUAUGCCCGGCUUCAAUACACCACAGUACCCAACUACGUCACAGCCGGAUGCUUUUUCAGCCUUUGGGGAUCUGGGGAGUUUCGCCGCGGCUCAGAAUUUUAAUGUUCCAAAGCCCAGCACCGGGACUACGAAUAUUGAUCUCGAUAGUCUGUUUUCG